AUGAGCCCGCGGGGAGCCGCAGAGCGCCUUGGCGGACCUCUGAACGAGCUCAGCCAUUCUGGGAAGCCUUUCGUUGGCUAUCGUGCCCUGGCAGCGGUCUGGCGGCUCAGGGUCCAGUUCGGCAUCCCGGAUCUCGCUGUGUCCCCCCCGCCCCCAGGAGCCAGCUGCCUCUGUGACCCAAACCGGCUGCCUCUGCUGCUGUUGCUGCUGGGCCCCUUGAUCUGCAUCGGGGCCCAGGGCGCCGUCGGAGAAGCGGUGAGACUCCCAGGGGACGUGACGCUUGGCGGCCUGUUCCCGGUGCACGCUCGGGGAGCCGCGGGAGCCGCCUGCGGGCCGGUGAAAAAGGAGCAGGGUGUGCACCGUCUGGAGGCCAUGCUCUAUGCCCUGGACCGCAUCAACGCCGACCCCGGCCUCCUGCCUGGGGUGCGCCUGGGAGCCCGGCUACUAGACACCUGCUCCCGGGACACGCAUGCCUUGGAGCAGGCGCUCACCUUCGUGCAGGCGCUGCUGAGGCCAGCCUCGGCGGCCCGCUGCCCGGGGGGCGGCCAGCCCAUCGGAGCCGUGCCCGAGCAGCGGGUGGCUGCUGUCGUGGGCGCUUCGGCCAGCUCCGUUUCCAUCAUGGUGGCCAACGUGCUGAGACUCUUUGCUAUCCCUCAGAUCAGCUAUGCGUCCACGGCCCCUGAACUCAGCGACAAUGCGCGCUACGACUUCUUCUCACGGGUGGUCCCGCCAGAUUCCUACCAAGCCCAAGCCAUGGUGGACGUUGUGCGGGCCCUGGGCUGGAACUAUGUGUCCACUCUGGCUUCCGAGGGCAACUAUGGCGAGAGUGGGGUGGAAGCCUUCGUGCAGAUCUCUCGAGAAGCCGGAGGCGUCUGCAUCGCUCAGUCAAUCAAAAUCCCCCGAGAGCCAAGGCCUGGAGAAUUUGGCAAAAUCAUCAAAAGGCUCAUGGAGACGCCCAAUGCCCGUGGCAUCAUCAUAUUUGCAAGUGAGGAUGACAUCAAACGAGUCCUGGAAGCUGCCCAACAGGCCAACCUGACAGGCCACUUCCUGUGGGUUGGCUCAGACAGUUGGGGGGCCAAGAUCUCACCCAUCCUGAACGUUGAGGAUGUGGCGGUGGGGGCCAUCACCAUCCUUCCCAAGCGGGCUUCCAUUGAGGGGUUCGACCAGUACUUCACUACCCGCUCCCUGGAGAAUAACCGGCGGAACAUCUGGUUUGCCGAGUUCUGGGAGGACAAUUUUAACUGCAAGCUGACAACAGGCUUCGGUGGCCAGUCUGAGGAUCCUGCCACCCGGAAGUGCACAGGUGAAGAGAGGAUUGGGCGAGACUCGGCCUACAAGCAAGAGGGCAAGGUGCAGUUUGUGAUCGAUGCCGUUUAUGCCAUCGCCCACGCCCUCCACAGCAUGCAUCAGGCUCUGUGUCCAGGCUAUAUUGGCCUUUGUCCUGCCAUGAGCCCGACAGAUGGCCGGACGCUGCUGCAGUAUAUCCGAGCCGUUCACUUCAAUGGCAGUGCAGGGACCCCGGUGAUGUUCAAUGAGAAUGGGGAUGCUCCUGGGCGCUAUGACAUUUUCCAGUACCAAGUGACAAAUGGCAGUGGAGGCUACCGUGCUGUGGGCCAGUGGACUGAAUCCUUGAAGCUCAAUGUAGAAGAACUGGAGUGGUCAGGCAGUCCCUUAUUGCCGACUUCCCUGUGCAGCCUCCCAUGCGGGCCUGGGGAGCGCAAGAAAAUGGUGAAAGGCGUCCCCUGCUGUUGGCACUGCGAGCCUUGCGAUGGCUACCGCUACCAGGUGGACGAGUUUACGUGUGAGGCCUGCCCCCUGGGAGCCAGGCCCACGCUGAAUCACACCGGCUGCCGCCCCACCCCCGUCAUUCGCCUCGACUGGGCCUCCCCCUGGGCCAUCCUGCCCCUCCUGCUAGCCGUGGCAGGCAUCGCGGCCACCGCCUCCGUGCUGGCUACCUUCAUAAGGCACCACAACACCCCCAUCGUUCGGGCCUCCGGCCGGGAGCUCAGCUACAUCCUCCUCACCGGGAUCUUCCUCAUCUACGCCAUCACCUUUCUCAUGGUGGCCGAGCCAGGCCCCACCAUCUGUGCCGCCCGACGCCUCCUUCUGGGGCUGGGCACCGCCCUGAGCUACUCUGCCCUGCUCACCAAGACCAACCGCAUCUACCGCAUCUUUGAGCGUGGCAAGAGGUCCGUCACACCCCCGCCCUUCAUUAGUCCCACGUCACAGCUCGUCAUCACCUUCAGCCUGACUUCGGUGCAGGUCAUAGGCGUGGUAGCCUGGUUGGGGUUCCAGCCGCCUCACAGUGUCAUCGACUAUGAAGAACAGCGGACGCCAGACCCGGAACAAGCUCGGGGUGUCCUUAAGUGUGAUAUGUCAGACCUCUCUCUGAUUGGCUGCCUCGGCUACAGCCUGGUGCUCAUGGUGACCUGCACCAUCUACGCGAUCAAAGCUCGGGGGGUCCCCGAGACGUUCAAUGAGGCCAAGCCCAUCGGCUUCACCAUGUACACCACCUGCAUCGUGUGGCUCGCCUUCGUCCCCAUCUUCUUCGGCACGGCUCAGUCCGCUGAGAAGAUAUACAUCCAGACUACAACACUGACUGUUUCGAUGAGUCUCAGUGCCUCGGUCUCCCUGGGGAUGCUCUACGUGCCCAAGGUGUACAUCAUCAUCUUCCAUCCCGAGCAGAACGUACAAAAACGCAAGCGUAGCUUCAAGGCGACCUCCACCCUGGUAGCCCCCAGUGAAGAGGGCAAUCCUGCCAACUAG